UCCCCUUCGCUAGAGUCCGUCAUGACCGACACGUGGGAUGACACCGCUCUUCCUCCGAUGAGCUCGAAACAGCUCAUCGUCAGCACUCGUCGCGCACUUCCCGCCGAAUUAUCGCUGCUGUCCGGCACGUUGCGCGGCCCUUCCCGCCAGGGACCAGUGCCUGCCCCUGCCGAGCCGGCGACCGUGCUUGUGCGCGGUUCCAGUACCCAUCGACGCACUGGCAGCACGUUGAAGACCGUCAUGCGCAAGAUUUUCACCCGUAAGACGCGCGGGGAUGAAAGCGUAUCCCCGCCGCCACGGGGGGGCAGCACCAGUCCAACCCUGGAACGCUCCCUGCCCUCACAUGCGUUGACCUUUGGAUCUCGACAACCGCACCAAGCUCCCCCGCUGUUUACGCCCUCCAAUGGCACGGUCACCUCGUUCGCGGAAGCCCUGCAGAAGCUGGACUCGCACCCGCGACGUCGUCGUGCCACUCUUCCCAGCCUAAUUUUAUCCGAUGAUGGAUCCCGCGGCGCGCUGGAGGCGGCCGUGCAGGGCCGGCCCGUCAGCAAGCGCGACAAUAGCCCUCAUGCAACUAGUGAUCCCCUGGAUGUCAGCCGUCGCCGCGAGCGCCAGCAGCUCAAGCGCCGGUCGCGGAGUGCCGCCGCCCUGCGCGGGAUGGCCCAGGAACACCACCAUCUCAUGUCACCGAUCCAAUGGCGUCGUCGCAGCUUGGAGUCUUGCGCAGCCUCAACCGCCUUUGGCGCCCCCUCCGAGGCCGACCGUCCACCGACCCGGACUACCGUCGCCAGCGCGCCGGCAUUGCCCACCGAAGCCUCUGUGCUGGCAGAGGAGCCAAUCGAGCCUGAGGCUCCCAUGGAAUCCGACACGGAAGACGACCCAGAGCCAGAGCCGGCUUCGACGAACGUCGGCACGCUGGUCACUUCUCUGCAGCAGGACGAGCAGAUCACGCUGGAGCAGCGGCUCAACAUGUUGGAGGUCAAGAUGGUCGAUCUCGAAUUUGCCAUUGCCCGUUUGCAGACCGACCGCAGUGAAAGUCCCAGCGAGAGACGGACAGCGUCGCCCGUCAAGCGGCAUCGUCGCAAAGCAUCCUCGGGGCCGAAAGCCUCGCCGCCGCCCCCGCCGCCUGUGCCCGAACUGCCCGACCGCCCUACCAGCACCAGCACUCUCCGCCCGAACCAGCUGCAUCGCUCACGCACCCUCCAAGCUCCAUCCUCGACCUCCCUCACCGACCCCAACACCAUCUCGGUCGAGCAGUACAGCGCCCUGGUCAUGCUGCUACGACGGGAGCAGACGGCGCGCCGCGGCCUGGAGCAGCAGGUGGCCAGUCUGCGGGAGGAUAUGGAGCAGUUGACGCAGAUGGCGCGGGAGUCCAUGGGGCUUGGCAUGGGGCCGAUCUACCCAAUUCCGAUUUCUGAUUUACAGGAUCUGCGACGUCUGCGUCCUGGUGGGGGGUUGUCGUCCAGCGAGUCUUCUCGGCCGGAGACUGUGGGCGUGCCGGGCGAGAGCGACUCGGAGUGGGAGCGCAACGAGCUCCCGGGCAACAACAAGCCUUUGCCGGUCAAACCGCCGGAGGUACUUUCGUCGCGAUGGUCCCCGGGUCGACGAAUGGAGCUUGGCGGGAUGAUAUGA